GCUAAAAUUAACCUUUCCGUGGGACGUUUCUCGCCGGGAGUUUUUCAGUUAAACGGUCAACAUGUCAAUACGUCCGGUGUACAGGCCUACAAUCAUCAAGAAGAGGACGAAAAAGUUUAUCCGUCACCAGAGUGAUCGAUAUGACAAGCUCAAGCGUAACUGGAGAAAACCAAAAGGUAUUGACAACAGGGUGCGCAGACGUUUUAAAGGUCAAUAUUUGAUGCCUAAUAUUGGUUAUGGAAGCAACAAAAAGACGCGUCAUAUGCUACCCACAGGAUUCCGUAAGGUUUUGGUACAUAAUGUCAAGGAGUUAGAGGUUUUAAUGAUGCAGAAUCGUAAAUUCUGUGCAGAAAUUGCACAUGCCGUGAGUAGCAAGAAGCGAAAGGCUAUCGUAGAACGAGCUCAGCAACUCUCAAUUCGUGUAACCAAUGCUAAUGCCCGAUUACGUUCGGAAGAGAAUGAAUAAUAAUGUUUUGAAUCAACCUGAAUAAAAAUUCGAAAACCCAUUAA